GCUGCAAUUGCAAUUUGAGUUUCAGUUUCAAUUCUCCAUUACAAUUCCAAUUCUCACAAUGUUUCUUCUCAAGACAUGGAGACAAUCUGCUUUUGGUGUUUAUGGUUACCUCAAUUUCACCAAACCUGCUUUUCUGCAAUACAGAUGAAACAGGGUCUCCAUCAGGGACACCCCCUAACCAAGUUCUAGACCCAAGAUGUUUACCCCAUCUAACCAAGUUGUGGGCAUCAAUAUUACAAUUUCUGUUAAUAAACAUAAUAGAAGAAACAGUAAAACUCUUAAGCAGCUCCCGGCAAUCCGCCGCAAUAGGUUCAAUUACCGCAAACUUUUGGAUGCCAUUAAUGCAGUCCACCACCAUCAUCGCAUCAGACUGAACCAAAACCUUCUCAACCUUCAAAUCUCUUGCCAGCCGAAGGCCCCAACAGAUAGCUAAGAUCUCCGCGACCGCUGGUUCCACUGUGAUCAGUUCUUUGCUGCAGGCUGCAAGAGAAACACCUUGUUGAAGCUUCCUGAACACGCAGCCAAAAGCUGCAGAAUCAUCCGUAAACACUCCAGCGUCAAUCUGAACAAUCUGCGUAUCGCUACAGCACAUGUCCUCUUGUUCCCACGCCACGCCUGGUUUGCCCUUUGCCACCCCGAAUCUGUUGAACUCAGCUACACAGUCCAGCGCUUCCGAAGCAAUAACCUCUGGUCGCUUUUUCAAGUUUUUAAAAACUAAGUCGUUACGGGCGGACCAGAUUUUAUGCAAAAGAAAGCUCAAAAGUUGAGUACUCAGAGUAUCCGUGUUGCUCACGAUGCUCAUCAGCCAAUCCUCCACAGAGCUUUCAGUAGGGACACGUGAGCAUUCUAAGAAUUUCAAACCAGAAGAAAUGGAAACACAAAUACCAGGGAAGAAUUGCAUAGUUACAGGAGCAAACUCUGGAAUUGGUUAUGCAACAGCCGAGGGUCUUGCGCAGCGUGGUGCAAACGUCUAUCUUGUAUGUCGUAAUAAGGAGAGAGGAGAGGCUGCUCUUUCUCAAAUUCAGACUAAAACUGGCAAUCAAAAUGUACAUUUGGAGAUUUGUGAUUUGUCAUCUGUCUCGGAUAUCAAGUCAUUUGCUUCCAGGUUUUCCAAAAAGAAUGUGCCACUACAUGUGUUGGUUAACAAUGCUGGUGUGCUUGAGCAAAAUCGAGUGACCACAUCAGAGGGGUUUGAGUUAAGCUUUGCUAUCAAUGUAUUAGGAACUUACACAAUGACUGAACUGAUGGUACCACUGUUAGAGAAAGCUUCCCCUGAUGCACGUGUCAUUACGGUUUCGUCUGGUGGAAUGUAUAGUACUCCAUUGACCAAAGAUCUACAGUACUCUGAAAGCAACUUUAAUGGGACGGAACAGUAUGCUCGAAAUAAGCGCGUUCAGGUUGCACUGACAGAAAAUUGGGGUGAGACAUAUAAGAACAAAGGGAUAGGAUUUUACUCAAUGCAUCCAGGUUGGGCUGACACUCCUGGUGUGGCAAAAAGCUUACCAAGCUUCUCAAAAUCGCUUGCGGGGAAGCUAAGAACAAGUGAAGAAGGAGCAGACACAGUUAUCUGGUUGGCGUUACAACCAAAGGAGAAGUUGGUAUCAGGUGGAUUUUAUUUUGAUAGAGCUGAAGCUCCUAAGCAUCUUUCAUUUAAUGCUACAAAUGGAUCUCAUGCUGCGAUCAACUCUGUCAUCGAUAGUCUUCGAUCCUUAGCAUCUCUUUCUUGAAUAGGUAUUAUACUAUACUUGUAUCCUAAAGGUCAGGGGAUUUUGUAGUUCAGUUUGGAGUAGUUUUAGAAU